AAAGAAUGGUUUUGUAGGCGUCGCUUGGAACAAGGAGGAGGAUUAAAGAACAUCCCCCAGUUGGAAUGAUGCAGUCGAGGGGGGCAGCAGCGGAAGCGACGGCGGGGAGGAGCCGAGGAGGCUGCAGGCGCAGCGAGCAGCAGCAGCUUCUUCGCUCGGCGGAGGCACCGAGGGAGGAGGCGCGUGGUAGCCAUGCUUCUCCCCUCAUCGUCUUCUUAUUCCUACGCCUCCAAAGGUGACUCCUUCAGGAGAACUGUUGAUGGUCCUAUGAGGUCAACGUUGACUUUUGAUAAUAAUCAUUCUGUAGUGCCAAGUCAAAACAUUGAUUACGGCCAGCCAAUGGCUUGCAUUUCAUACCCAUACAACGAUUCUGGUUCAGGAGUUUGGGCAUCCUACAGUUCACGCUCGGUGUUCCAUCCUCAAAUUGUGGGAGGAGGCACAUCGCCAAGAGUUCCCUUGCCCUCCCUGGAGAUAGCAGAUGAUGGGCCCAUAUAUGUCAAUCCCAAACAAUAUCAUGGAAUUCUUCGCAGAAGACAACUGCGUGCUAAGUUAGAGGCCCAGAAUAAGCUCGUCAAAACCCGAAAGCCUUACCUUCACGAAUCUCGGCAUCGCCAUGCAAUGAAGAGGGCUAGGGGCACUGGUGGGCGAUUCCUGAAUACCAAGCAGCUCCAGCUGCAGCAACAGUCUCACACUACCUCCACCAAGACCACCACAGACAGCCAAAAUUCUUCAGGUUCAGUCCAUCUACGGCUAGGUGGUGGCGCAAUCGGAGAUCAAACUCCAUUUCCGUUCAAAGCAAUGGAUUCACAAGCUAACAUCAAGAGAGCUGCAGCUUCUGCUUCCACCUUCACUGUAACUUCUGCGGCACAGAAAGACGACGCCUUCUUCGACCGCCAUGGCCACCAUCUCAGUAGCUUCUCCGGCCAUUUUGGCCAGGCAAGCGCACAAGGUGGCGUCGGCAGCAUGCAUAACGGGUCACAGCAGAGGGUUCCUGCUAUGAGAUGAGAUGAAGAGCAGCUUGCAAAUCAUCAUCAUAUAUGGUGUGGUCUGGUCCCUCCUUAGGCAAUUCAUCCUUGGCUUAAGUUUCAUGGCUUGUUUAGGACUUCAGAGACGCUUCAUAGUGCUGUGCUUUUGCAGCCCAUAAGUCUGGGCUUAAUUGUGAUGUGUAAUAUCCAUGUAUUGGUGUGAUGAAGUUGUCCCUGUUUGAAUAAACUCUUUGUCUGUUGGUUAUACAAUGUGUUGCAAAACUUUACA